GGCACAGUCAGGUAUAUGUCCCUCCAUACCAGUUCUCCUUCCCUUCUCCAUUCAGACAUAUACCAACAUGACGGACAAGCCAAAUGUCAUUGCUCAGUUCUACAGCGAGGAGGGAGUCUCUUCGGGCCCUGCUCUGAGUUUGCCUGUUGACAUAAACCCAGAACAGCUGGCUCUUUUGCUCAAUAGCUUGCUUGGCAAUGAAGAGGAUCCUUUACCAUAUACGUUCGAAGUCGCAGAAACAGAAAUCGGCAAUACAUUGGAUCAGGAUAUUAUUCAACCAGGAAAGCAUUCUACAGAAGAGAUCUUCAGGAUUAUCUAUCGCCCUCAGGCAGUUUUCAGGGUUCGUGCGGUCACUCGGUGUUCCUCUUCUCUCACAGGUCACACAGAUGCGAUUCUUUGUGUGUCCUUCUCACCGUGUGGAACUAUGCUUGCCAGCGGAGGCGGUGAUACCAAUAUCCGGAUCUGGGAUCUCAACACGGAAACACCACAUCAUUUACUGAAAGGUCAUAAACACUGGGUACAGCAUGUAUCAUGGUCCCCGAAUGGGAAAUAUUUGGCUACUGCAGGCAUGGAUGGGCAAGUCAUCAUAUGGGAGCCAAGGACAGGAAAGCAGCACGCGGCAUUGAAGGGUCACUCCAAGUGGGUGAGUGGUUUGGCAUGGGAGCCUUUGCAUCUGAAUGCCUCUUGCAGAAGGCUUGCUUCUUCAUCCGCGGAUGGCACAGUGCGUGUCUGGGAUGUUGUCAAGAAACAACUCGAGUUCUCAAUGGCGCAGCAUACGGCUCCUGUCAUGUGUGUGAAGUGGGCUGGUGAUGGUUUAAUCUACUCUGCUUCGCGCGAUAAGACCAUUAAGGUCUGGUCAUCGACAGAACCUCAUCCAGGAAAGUUAGUGAAGGUGCUCACAGGGCAUGCUCAUUGGGUAACAACAUUGGCACUCAGCACUGAUGGGGUUCUCAGAACGGGCGCUCAUGAUCAUACAGGAAGGACUUUUAGCGAUGAGAACGAAGCACAGAAGAGGGCACUUCAGCGCUAUGAACAAGCCAUUGCUCUCAACCCAGAGCGGUUAUGCUCUGGCUCAGAUGAUUUUACAAUGUACUUAUGGCCCAACAAAAAGGAGGAAGUGGAUGGAAAGAAGGCUGCGCCAAAGAGGAUGGUUGGUCACCAAAAGACAGUCAACCAUGUCAGCUUCUCACCCGAUGGACGGUACAUUGCUUCGGCUAGUUUUGAUAAAUCUGUGAAGAUUUGGGAUAGUCGUGAUGGAAAGUUUAUUGCAUCUCUUCGUGGACAUGUGGCAGAAGUAUACCAAGUUGUGUGGUCUAGUGAUAGUAGGAUGCUACUCUCUUGCAGUAAAGAUAGUACCAUCAAGUUAUGGGAUAUUAAGACUAAAAAAAUGAAGAUGGAACUACCUGGACAUCUCGAUGAGGUCUUCACAGUGGAUUGGAGUCCUUCUGGAGAUAAAGCCGCUAGUGGAAGCAAGGAUAAAACACUAAAAAUUUGGAGAUACUAAAAAGUUAUAUAUAUAUAUCUAUACAUGUAUUUACCCAUAUAAUAUAUAAAAAAUAAAAAAAUGUGUGCGGUCG